AUGGCUGAGCAACAACAACCCGCCAAGAAGCAGCGCACCCAUCCCCCUUACGAACUCCUCUACCACCCGGGCAUCCCCGGCCGGGGCGAAUUCGUGCGCCUCGCCUUCGAAGUCGCCGGCGUGCCGUACGCCGACAUCGCCAACGAGGACAAAGACGGAGGCGGGUACAGCACCGUGCAAGAGAUUUGCAUGAACAAGAAUACGACCAGCGACGACGGGACGAACCCGCCGAUUUUCUCGCCGCCGGCGUUGAGGGUCCCUGGUGCGGGGAGGGAUGGCAAGGCGGUGGUGAUUUCGCAGACGCCGAAUAUUUUGUCGUAUUUGGGGGGGAGGUUGGGGUUGGUGCCUGAGGAGGGGGAGGAGGGGAGGUUCUAUGUGCAGCAGAUUGCGUUGACGGCGUUGGAUUUGAAUGAUGAGGUGCAUGAUACUCAUCAUCCUAUUGCGGUUAUGAAAUAUUAUGAGGAGCAGAAGGAGGAGGCUCUGAAGAAGGCGGAGGAUGUGAGGGAGAAUCGGAUACCGAAGUACUUGUCGUACUUUGAGCGGCAGUUGCAGUGGAAUAGGGAGGUGGGCAAGGGGAAGUUUCUCGUCGGUGACAAGAUCACGUACGCGGAUACGACAGUCUGGCAGGUGUUGGAUGGGAUUUCGUUUGCCUUUCCGAACGAGAUUGAGAUGAGGAGGAAGGAGUUCAAGGAACUGUUCCAGUUCUAUGAUGAUCUGAAGGAAGAGAAGGGGAUCAAGGAGUAUCUGGCGAGUGAGAGGAGGCUGCCGUACUCGAUGGGUAUCUUUAGACACUAUCCGGAGCUGGAUCGCCAGUGA